UUGUUCACCCUCAACUCCCAAACUUCUCUCCUCCUCAAUCUCAUUCCAAACCCUCUCUCUCUCUCUCUCUCUCUCUUUCUGUCUUUCUCUUCAGUUUCAUUCUCCCCUUCCUAGGCUAUAAAUUUUGAUGGUGUAAUGAUGUAGAUAGAGAAUUAAAAAGAGAUCAUAGUCAGAAGGAAAUUAGUGACUUCUUUUCUUGUUGUGUGUUUUGGUGUUUGCUUGGUUGUGAAAUUGGAAUCGUUUGAUGGGUGAAGAGGGAGAACAAGUGUUAAGAAAGAAGGGACACAUAGGAGUUGGUGGAGAUAAUUGGUUGCAUGAUAGCUGCUUAAAGUAUUGUGCAAAUUGGCGCUGUUUAAUACACCACUAUUCUUGUUCAAUGGUUCCCUUUAAGUGAAAAACCUUGUCCUCUCAGCUUUUCUUGAGAUCUUGAUACUCAUUCACUAACAAUAAAAGGGAUCAAAUUUUAAGGACACUUGAUCUAAUAAGAUCCGUGCUUUAGUACUCAUGAAGAGACUUGGCAGUUCCGAUUCUUUGGGUGCUCUAAUGACAAAUUGUCCACAAACAGACGAACACAGUCCGAGGAACAACCACGUGUAUGGCAGGGAGUUCCAAUCCAUGUUGGAAGGACUGGAUGAGGAAGGGUGUAUUGAAGAAUCAGGGCAUCACGUUGAGAAGAAACGACGACUAAGUGUGGAUCAGGUCAAGGCUUUGGAGAAGAACUUCGAGGUAGAAAACAAGCUCGAACCAGACAGGAAAGUGAAGCUUGCCCAAGAACUUGGCUUGCAGCCAAGACAAGUAGCUGUUUGGUUCCAAAACCGUCGAGCUAGAUGGAAAACCAAGCAAUUGGAGAGAGAUUAUGGCGUUCUCAAAGCCAACUACGAAGCACUUAAACAUAACUUUGACACCCUCCAACAGGACAACGAAUCCUUACUCAAAGAGAUUAAUGAAUUGAAAUCAAGGCUGCAAGAAGAAAACACUGAAAGCGAUGUUUCAGUGAAGGAAGAGAUGAUAACCCUGCACGAAGACUCAGAAUAUAAAAUGAUUGAACGGAGUAACCCAUCUCAUGAAACAGCCAUUAAUCCUGGAUCCGAUUCCAAGGACUUGAAUUUUGGUUGCUUCAACAACAAUGAUGGGGUAGGAGCCGUUAACUCUUCGCUCUUCCCUGCUACAGAGUUCAAAGACGGUUCUUCCGAUAGUGACUCAAGCGCAAUCUUGAACGAAGAGAAUAAUAAUAGCCCCAACGCGGCCAUUUCUUCAUCUGGGGUUCUUCAAAGUCACAACCUUUUGAUGUCUCCUGGGUCGUCUUCAAUACUCAAGUUCAAUUGUUCUUCCUCAUCCUCGCCAUCUUCCAUGAAUUGCUUCCAGUUCCAGAAACAGUACCAGACACAGUACGUGAAGAUGGAAGAGAACAAUUUCCUCAGCGACGAGGCCUGCAAUUUCUUCUCAGAUGAACAAGCACCGACCUUGCACUGGUACUGUUCGGAAGAGUGGAGUUGAGAGAAUAAAAGGAAAAGAAGAAGAAGAAAACCAAGUUCAUGAGUUUUAUUAGAGAGCAGGGAAUAGAAAAAAUAAGACAUUUGCACGGUAUAUAGGUAAUGGAGAGAGAGAUGGAGAUAUGUUUGUAAAAAUGGAUCAAUGAAAUCGAUUGCCUUGGGCUUGUUGGGGACGCCAACAUAGCAUGGUGAAGAAGAAGACGAGAACCAAGUUGAAGAGAUUGUGAGAGUUGAGAGAGAGAGAGAGUGAGUGAGUGAGAGAAAGGUUGAUGACGAUCAAGGCUAAUCAUGACUUUCUCAGCCGUGCGGUGAAGAAGUAAUUUAUGAAUAAUGAUUAUUAGGUCGUAAUGAAAUCUAUGCUGUAAAAAUUUUGGAUUUGAUGGCUAGAAGAAAAUUACUUUUCUAAUGGAUCCAUAAUUGCCUCGUGCUUCCACUUUU